GACACAGAGAGGUCCACCCGGAAAGGCAAAAUUCCCGGGUCGAGCAACCCGUUCAAUAUCCGAUUCUGAGAGCGCCGCAAGGGACGCCUAUCGCGAUGGACGGGGGCAUGGGCAGACCUGGGGACGAACGCAUCAAUCUCCUCUUGCAGAGGCUGGACGCCCUAGAGAGGAGGAACGGGACAGGGCAAAUUGCUGAACCCGUGUUCAGACUUCGUUCUCCUUUCUCCGAAAGAAUCUUGAGGGCACCACUGCCGAGCAGCUUUCAGAUGCCACCCAUACCUAGGUAUGACGGGACCACAGACCCGCAGGAGCAUUUCAACCGAUACCAAACCCUCAUGAACGUGGUGACGUUCUCCGAGGAAGUCCUUUGUAGGUCAUUUCCCGCCACUCUCGACGGGGUGGCGUCUGAGUGGUUCAAUGAACUGCCCGAAGGGAAGAUCGAUUCAUGGGAGGAUUUGGCACGAAGGUUCUUGGUUCAUUUUGCCGGGAACAGGAAGAAGAAAUUACAUUUUUCACAUCUCCUGUCGGUCAGGCAACGACCUGACGAGCCACUGAGGGAAUUCCUGGCAAGAUGGAAGCUGGAAACCACCAGAGUUUACGGAGCGGAUGACAAAACCAGGCUAUCCACUUUUCAUUUGGUCUUACGAUCAGGUGACUUCUCCAAACGCCUAGCCUUGGAGAAGCCGAGGGAGUAUUCCAUCGUGCUGGCCAUGGCGGAGGAUCAAGCUGAAGCAGAGGAGCUGGAGGCAAACAAGAAAAAGGAAGAAGCAGGAAGGCUUAGUUCCAUCGCGACGGCGGUAAAGUCCACGCCGAGGAAGGUCACCAUUGAUGAGCGACCGCAUUUGCCGGUCGGACACCGCUUCCGGAAGGGUAGAGACCCACGCGACCGACGAUCGCAUGGAAAGGAUGUAUACGAAGAAGGAGGCGAGGACAAGAGACCUUAUCCCCCCAGAGGUCCCAAGUUGUUGUUCCCUGAUGAGCUUACGCCGCUUACACAUCCCGUAAGCGCCAUUCUGGAUUUCGCCGAGCAUCAGGGCUUCGUGGAGUACGAUCCGCGUUUUCCCCCGAUCUGCACUGUCGGGGAGGGCCCUUAUUGCAGGUUUCACAGAGCAGCCGGUCAUGACACGGACGCGUGCAAGGUCCUGAAGAGAGAGAUCGAGAACUUGAUCCAAGCGGGAUACUUUGCCGAGCAAAGAAAGAAAUGGGUACACUCGGCCUACGUCGGAGAUGUUCACAGCGCACCUGGACCGUCGAAAAUCACGAAGACAGAGCCCCUUCUAUUUGGUCCCAAGGAUCUGCCUGAGAUCCCAUCACCCCACAGAGACGCUUUGGUCGUCAGGUGUGAGAUCAACGAGGUGGUAAUCCACCGAUCCUACGUUGACAAUGGGAGCUCGGUGAGCAUCAUGUAUGUAAGGACAUUUGAGGAGCUGGGAUUGAAGAAGGAACUCUUGAAGAGAGUAAGGACUCCCUUGUCCGGAUUCACAGGGGACAUCAUCGAUUCAGAGGGCCUAGUCGAGGUGAUGGUCACCUUCGGCGAUGGAGAACACAAGAGGACGAUCCCGGUCGAAUUUUUGGUGGUACGACUUCUGGGAUCCCAUAAUCUGAUCUUGGGUCGGCCUGCACUGGAAGAUCUCGACUCCGUGAUAUCGGUGAAGUAUUUGAGCAUGAAAUUCCUUACCGAUUCAGGAGUAGGAGUGUGCAGAGGAAACCAGAAGCUUGCUCGACUCUGCUACCAGAAGCAGACAAAGAAGAUGGACGCCCAGGAUCUCAGAGUGGACAGUAUUGCCACGGCACUUUUGAAGGAAGAAGAAGGCUGUCCUCGGGCUGAGCCAGCCGAGGAUACGAAAGAUGUGGUGAUAAUGGAGAAGCACCAGGAGAAAAAGAUCAAGCUCGGUAUUAACAUUAGUGCCGAGCUUCGGUCGAAGAUCAUACAAGUACUCAGGGAGAACUUCAUGGUGUUUGUAUGGAGUGUCGAGGAUAUGCCGGGAGUGAGCAAAUCCCUGAUCACCCACCGCCUUGCGGUCGGAUCGGACGUAGAGCCCGUAAAGCAGAGAAGGAGACACUUGAGCAAAGACCGGAGGGAUUUCGUAAAGAAGGAGGUGGACAUGCUCCAAGCGGUCAUCAAGUGGUCUGUCUAUCUGAAUCAGUACCAAAUAGAGAUGAAGCCGAGGGCAGCAAUCAAAGCCCAGGCCUUGGCCGAUUUCAUGGUAGAAUGUACGGCACGUGACAACAACCCCAUGCCCGUGGCGGAGCAGGGAGAAUGGUGGACUUUAUCUACUGAUGGAUCGUUAGCUGCAAAGGCUUGCGGUGGGGGCGUGGUAAUCCAAUCACCUGAAGGAUUCCGCUCCUAUCAUGCAAUAAAAUUCCAGUUCAAGGUGUCCAAUAACGAAGCCGAGUAUGAAGCAUUACUGAGCGGACUGAGGCUCAUCCUCAACCUGAAGGCCGAGUACGUCAGGAUCAGGUGCGAUUCGCGCCUGGUUGUCAGCCAAAUCAAAGGAGAGUUCGACACCAAGGAGGAACGGAUGCGCCUAUACAAGGAGGCGGCCCUGGAGUUGCUCAAAAUCCUUAAAGGAUACGAGCACGUGCAGAUCCCGAGGGCGGAAAACACCGAGGCCGACGUCCUCUCCAAACUGAGCAACGACAGCCCUGAACACAUCUCCAAGAUGGCUCACAUUGAAGACCUGGGGUCUCCAAGCAUUCACGUUCAGCUCGUCUCUAUCGUCACCGAGGAGGCCAGCGGAUGGAUCGCGGACUUGAUCCGGUAUAAGAAGGAUGGAGUCCUCCCCGGCGACGAGACGACGGCCCGUCUGAUCAAACGGAGGGCACCGACGUAUGUCAUUGAGAACGGCGGGCUAUACAAGAGAUCAUACAACGGCACAUUGCUGAGAUGUGUUGACGAAGCCAGAGCCGGGCAAAUCAUGGAAGAGGUCCACGAAGGAAUAUGCGCGGCACAUCAAGGUCCUUUCUCCAUGGCCAGACGCAUUGUCCUGCAGGGAUAUUUCUGGCCGACCAUGGUGAAGGACUGUGCCAGGCGCGCCAAGUGUUGCAAGAGAGAAGAGAACUAUGAAGCCAAGGAGAACGAGGAAACCAUGGAGGCCGAUCUCAACUUCGUUGAAGAACGCCGGGAGCAAGCUUUUCUCAAAGCAGAGAACUACCGAAGGCAGGUAAAAGAAUAUUACGACCGCAAAGUCAGAGCAAGGGAAUUCUGAGUAGGGGACUUGGUACUCAGGAAAAGGGAAGCCAAUCAGCCUACAGAAGGGGGAAAGUUUGCCAAAAGCUAUGAAGGGCCGUACAAGGUCAUAGCCGUGCUCCGGCCGGGCACCUACAAGCUCUCAACGCUUGAAGGUCGCGAACUCGGCAGGCACUGGAACACGCACAAUCUCAUUUCUUUUUACAUGUAAGGCACUGAGAACCGUAACCAGUCGGCCUCGGUAGCUAAAAAAACUCCUUAAUGAAAUACUCGCUUCCACGCGAAUUCCGUUUUGCUUUAAGCAAUUUAUAAACACUGCUUAGCGAUAUCGGG